CUCUGCAGUUGUGGGCGGUCAUGGUGAUGAUAUUUUGCAAUCAGCCCGUCGCUUACUACAGUUACUGAGUUCGUCUGGUCAACAAGGUGCAGCCAGUGGUGGCAUCACAAAUCAACAUAUAAGAGAACAGAGACAGACAGCAUCACUUCAAACGGAAAUGACCAGGUCCUUUCCAGGUAUUUUCAGCAGGGGCAGAGGGAAGAGGCACUUUCCCGCAGCAAGUCCUGUUCCUGCCAAGAGGCCUAAACCAUUGGAUGUGGCUUUCUAUUUGUUGCCAAAGCAAUGUGAAAAAACCCCAAAAGAGCAGGAGCAAUUAGUCCAUAUGUGUGCAGGACUGGGCCGUAGGACUGCUCAUCUAGAUGAAAGCACAACACAUGAAGAGUUAUGUGAUGCCCUCAAAGUUUUAUUCCCAAAAUUGGGAACAAUUACCGGUGGAUGGCUACUAUACAAAUCUUCAGGUGGAUGGGGUAGCCGACAGCUGUCUCUUGUGACUCCCAAUGAUACCGGCUAUACAAGCAUGAUGUUGAAGUCUGUAACUCGUGGGGCUAAAAAUCUAUUCAUUGCCCCAAUUCAAGAGGAACUAAGUACAAAUCCCCUACCAUUGACUGAUGAAGCAUUCAGUAACAUGCCAAAAGCUGCAUGUCAGAAGUGUGAAGUUGCAGUUCCCCUUCCGCUCCUGACAGAACACAUCAAAUCUUGUAACGUCAUAGAUGUUGACAGUGACGACAACCUGGCUAAUGUGGAUAUCAGUGAGCCUGAAGAGAGAGACUCAGACAUGCAGGAAUGUCCUGUCUGCAAAAAUAUGUUUCCUGCUGACUCCAUCGAGGUACAUGCUUCGUCAUGUGUGGAAAGGGCAGGAAAUGAGGUGAUGCAUGAAAGCAUUGUAAUUGAGGAAGAGCAAGCAGCAAAGCCUGGGCCAUCCACAAGUUCUGCAGCUGUUCAAGAUGGCUGGUUAACUGUCAGUGACCCCACCAAGGCCAUAUCUCAGUGUGCUGACAGUUUUCGACGUAUUCAUGAAACAAAGAGUCCCUUACUUCUCAGCAUGGACAUCAGAAAAAGCCCUGCUGAGCAGGACAUGGCACUUGUCUCCUUCUAUAAACAACCUAAUGUGGAAUGGGGAUGACUCCUGAAUUGCAGACUUGAAGGAGAUACUGCUAUUGGACAUGGUGUAACUCGUUUUUUUUUCUCCACAUGCAUGGAGAAGCUGAGGUCAGGCUUUUGCAUCAAUUUUG